AUGGCCAAGAGAAAUUUUGAAAUUCAAAACAAUAAUCCUACUUUAGCCUUAAGAAGGUCACCACGAAUUGCAAGAAGAAAGUUAAAUGCAAGGUUGAUCGCCCAAGAAAAUGAUCAAGAAUCGAAGAUGGAAAAUGGUGAUGAAGAUAUGAAUGAUAAGGACGCUUAUAAUGAUGAUAGCAAAAAUAUAACAAUAUACUUCCUCUAUGGUGUGAAUGCAAUGAUGAUGCUUGCAAAUACAUCAAUCUACGAUGGCGAUGAAAGGGAAGCUGAUAAUGAAAGUGAGGAUGAUGAUGGUUUAACAGAUCUUUAUGAUGAAUCAUGA